UCCAUUCACUCCCUGGGAAUGAGCCCGGCUUUGCCAUUUGCAUCUUUCCUUUAAGCAAACACCUUCUAGGAGAGUAGGACAUGUAACCCCGUUCUGGGGAUUUUUCCUGUCAUUGCUGUCUGCUCUUUUUGCAAUCACUCCAGCAUCCUUGCAAUAAGUGCCACAACCGCGCGCUCUAUCAGUGUCAUUUUACUUAGUGAGUCGUCCCCCUUUUGUAAAAAAAAAAUACUGAAUGGCCUCAAGUAUCGGUAGGAAUGGUGUUCAGGUGUAUAGUUCUGACCUGGUCUCGCUACAUCAUCAUAGCCACCACUACCAGCAGCAGCAGCCUGUAAAGAAUACAUGUAAGGAAGGCUCGAAAAAAGAUGGGACAGUGGAUUCCUAUUGGUCCAGGCCCGAAUCUCGACUCUGGACUGUGAUGUUACUGCUUGGGACGUGUUUACUCUACUGUGCCAGGGUGACCAUGCCUAUCUGUGCUGUGGCCAUGAGCAGUCACUUCGACUGGGACAAGAAACAGUCCGGCAUUGUUCUGAGCAGCUUUUUCUGGGGCUAUUGCUUAACUCAGAUCAUCGGAGGGCACCUCAGCGAUCGGAUCGGAGGAGAAAAAGUCCUCCUCCUCUCUGCAUCUGCCUGGGGUUUCAUCACCGCAAUCACUCCGCUGCUCACCUAUAUCAGUUCUGCCCACCUGAUUUUCAUGACAAUUGCUCGAUUCCUCAUGGGACUACUGCAAGGAGUGUACUUUCCUGCCUUGGCCAGCCUCUUUUCUCAGAAGGUCCGGGAGAGCGAGCGAGCGUUCACGUGCAGCACAGUGGGGACUGGCUCUCAGUUUGGGACGCUGGUGAUUGGUGGGGCAGGAUCCCUCCUUCUGGACUGGUAUGGCUGGGAAAGUGUCUUCUAUUUCUCUGGUUUACUCACUUUGCUCUGGGUUUACUGCAUGUGCAAAUACCUCCUGAAUGAAAAAGAACUCAUCAUUCGCUUAGAACAUUUAGCAAAGGGCCUCUCGUUAUCCAAACAGACCAAAGUUCCCUGGAAGCAGUUAUUUAAAAAGGCCCCUAUCUGGGCUGUCAUAGUAGCUCAGCUUUCCACGGGCAGCACAUUUUUCACCCUCCUCUCCUGGUUGCCAACUUUCUUUAAGGACACCUUUCCCGAGUCUAAGGGCUGGGUGUUUAACGUAGUGCCAUGGCUGGUUGCAAUCCCAACAAGUUUGUUUAGCGGAUUCCUGUCUGAUCACCUGAUCAAUCAGGGCUAUAAAACGAUCACCGUUCGUAAGUUCAUGCAGGUCAUCGGAUCAGGCGUAUCAAGCAUUUUUGCCUUGUGCAUGGGUCAGACAUCCAGUUUUUGCAAAGCUAUAGUAUUUGCAUCUGUCUCAAUUGGACUUCAGACCUUUAACCACAGUGGCAUUUCAGUCAACGUUCAGGAUCUGGCUCCAUCGUGUGCUGGCUUGUUGUUUGGCGUUGGAAAUACAGGUGGAGCCCUAUUAGGUGUCGUUUGUGUGUAUCUAGCCGGGCAUCUGAUUGAAACCACUGGUUCUUGGGUUUCUGUUUUCAACCUUGUGGCUACAGUUAAUGCCCUGGGGCUCUGUACAUUCCUGAUCUUUGGAGAGGCCCAAAGGAUGGACACAGACUCUGCAUAUGUAGAUCUAUAGUCGCUGUAAAGAUUAGUUCAGCAAAUGAAAUCUGUUGAAGGGUUUAGGACUGUAACUUCUAUUGAUAGCGGUUGUGCAAAUGGUUGUUUGCAGAAGAGAAUAUUAUUAUUUUGUAGAAUUUAAAUAGAAAAAAAUCUAUUGCAAGACUAUUACGGGCCUGAACUAAACCCAGAGGAGGGAGGAAAUCCAGAGUUAAAACUUUGCUCAGGGGAUGGCUGAUGGGUUAUAGAGCCUUUCAGCUCUAGGUCACCAGUUUGAAUUUGAAUUGACUAGUGCCUGAACGAAGCAGCUCAUGGCCUAUGUGAAAUCAGUUGGUACCUGCAGUCAAGUUCCUAGUGCAGGAAAUGCCAUCCCAGCUGACACUAAAUGGUACCUUAGCUGAGAGUCUCAGCAGAGAUGCCAAGGACUGAACGGCUCAUUGAGAGUGAAUGCCUCUUUCAUCCUAAGAGAUGCUCCCUCCGGGACAGAGAUGAGACAUCUGAGCAGUGCGGGAAUCAUGCAUUGCAGGUGUCCAUGUUCUACCUGUUCUAUGGCUGAGAAGAUUACUCCCCUCUCCAGGGCUGUCAAUCAGUUCCUUUCAUCAACACUAAAUGAACUUAAUAAUACCAAGGACUGUCCUUAAUUUGCCCUUGUGUGCCUCAGUAUUGCCAUAUAUAUAACAGGUACAAUCAGGGUGUACAAAGGAAUGGGUUCAGAGUUGUUUUGCCAUAUGCUGUGAAUGUAUAUGAAGGAUGGCUCACAUACUGGACUAUGGAUCCAUAAUACCAAGUGUUUUCUGCUUCACUAGGUCUGUUUCCAGUAUGCAUUGAAAGGAAUGCAGGACUACAGGAGACAUUCAAAAGAGCCUAAAAAGUGCGUGUUAUGUAUUUACAUUAAUUGUAGGGCUUGUUUCUGUGUUAUGGAUCCAUACUGCUGAAUGCUCACCAAAGGAGUUACCAUGCCGCUGCAACACAUGCUUUGGCGCCUGAUUGUGUUAAGUUAUUUAUAAUUUUUUACUUUAAAUACCAAAAAGGCUUAGUCCACUUUAUGCUCUAAAGAGGUGAUUCUGCAAGCUGUCUCAUGUGGACCUCUCGCUGCAAUCAAUGAGCGUUCCGUGAAAGGAAGGAUUUAACAGCCUGCAAUUUUAUUUUGUUAGGGCUAUUUUAAUUAUGGAGGUUCAUGUAAAAUCAUAAAACUUCUUCUCCCUACACCCAUUCUAAUAGCUUAUGCAAAAUCUGUUUGGUUCUGUUCAGCAUUUGUGUUUUAAAAAAUUGUACUUGUGGAGCGAAUGAGCAGGGGACACAUUUUCAAAGGGGCCUCAACCUGGCAUCUUGGUUUUAAGCUUCAGUUCUGUGCUCCAGUCCGUGGCAAGGACUGUCACUCGAGAAUUGGCCUUUUUACCCACUCGCGAUGCUGCCUCAUGACACCUAGCAACUGAUCUGCUUUGGCACUUACACUGUCAUCUGUUGAGGCAGAUGGUUGCCAGGACAUAUGAAUCAGUUUGGAGCAUGGCUUAGGGCAUUUCAGGGCCAGGCCCUAAACUGAUAUAAAUUAUUGUUGGUGCAUAGUGGAGACAUUUACAAUUUACACCUGCUGCCAAACCCACACUCACCAAAAAGUUGUGGGUGUGAAAUUUGCAGGCUCAGAUUUAAUGCCCAGAUUCUUUGAAAAUGUGUGUCCCCCCCCCUUUUUUUUUGGUGCCAAAUUUCAGCUCAGAACAUAUUUACAACCAAGUCAUAAACUUCUGAGUGCACAGGUUCAUAAUGAAAAUAUUGACGGACCUUUUAACUGCAGAGGUGCUAAUGAGCUCUACUAAUAUGCGUUGAACUUUAAUGCAUACUGAGAUAUUAAUAGGUCAUGGUGAUCCUGUCCAAUGGCUUGACAAGAGUUUACAGCAUGUGUGUGGCCUGGGACCAGAGAGAGGAGCCGAACUCUCCUUCUUGUGUGCUUUUUCUCUGUUAGUAGCUGGCAGCGGACUUGCGGUUACAGGUCACUGCCCCACAUCCUGAACGUGACCAGAUGACACUGCUGGGAAGUGUUUUAAAACUCAGGAAAAUGAAGGUGUAGAUGCUAUAAACAGGACUUGCAGAAGAGAACACAAGGCUAUGUCUUUGGGUUCACGUUUCCCUCCAUCAGCCACACUCCAUAUUGGUGAAAAUGAUGCAGGAAACCACAGAGCGUAACGAUUGUUGGACCCUCCGUGAUGACAGAUCUGGUCACCCUGAGUCCUGCAGCAUUCAAGAGGAAUCCAGACGAUGGUGCUGUUCAGAGUUUUAACAAGGAGAACUUCACAUUUUUUGUUUUAUUUGAAGUCAAUCAGGAAUUCCACUGGCCAGAAUCCAGAGCUGAAACUGGCCCUUGGUGGACCGUGAGUCUAUAUUUAAGUAAAAAGUGGUGUCAGGGAUUAUCUACUUAGAGCAGUGGUUCUCAACCUGCGGCCCGUGGGCCACUUGAGGCCCAAUCAGCACACAGCUGUGCCAUGUGACAUCCUCAGGGCCAUACAGGUAGUAUUGGAUGUGGCUCACAAUGGUAAAUAGAUUGAGACCACUGCCUUAGAGAGAGGGAGUGGUGGAACUGGGAAGAUGUGAGAGGGUUUAUAAGACAAUUGGGGGUGCCCGCAUACAAAUUUGCACACUAAUUAGUUAAACUGGUGCAAACUCCUGUGUUUUCUACACUCAUUUCAGUGUAAGAGUGGCUUAUUUCAGUUUAGGUUAAACCUGUUCCCAAGCUAUUUAAAUUAAUUGAAACAAGCCUGGUUUAAAAAUGAAACACACAGUCUUUGGCACUGGUUUAACUAAAUCAGUUUAAAAUCACAUAUUCAUACCAGUGCAAACCUGCAUGUCGGUAAACCCUUCCUAGCUGCAGGAGAUUCUUAAGCCGAGACCUUAAAAAAAAACAAACACGAAGGGCUUGUCUUCACUGCUGUUAGCAGGGUGACCAGAUAGCAAGUGUGAAAAAUUGGGAUGGGUUGGAGGGUAACAGGUGCCUAUAUAAGAAAAAUCUCUGACUAGUGGGACUGUUCCUAUAAAAUCGGGACAUCUGGUCACCCUAGCCGUUAACUCAAGGUGUAACUUGAGUUGUGUGUCUAAUCGAACUCCUGUCCACACACAAAAAUCUCUAGCUCAAAUUCAGCAGUGCUUUUAAGAUUGAGCUAGCUGGUGCAUCAAGAGUAGUGGCUUGAAGUUUGAGUGCUGCUGAUGCUUGAGCUGUUUAAUGCAGGGGAAGGCAGCAACCCAACCAAAGGGGAAAAUAGCCGAUCCGGUACGGUGUACUGGUAAGAAAGCCGGUACACAGUCAAUCGUACUGGCAGGGCCGCUGAUGGCGGGAGGCCGGCAAAAGGGGCAGCUGCCCCAGGCCCAGCGAUUUAAAAGGGCCCAGGGCUCCCAGCAGCGGCCGGAGCCCCUGGCCCUUUAAAUCGCCGGUGGCGGCACGGGCUGGGCAACGCUGAAGGGCUGGCUGGGAGAGUCUGGCCACAGCCCUGCCCCUUCCACCUGAGGUCCCGCCCCUUCCGGGGGCCCACAGCUGCCCCCCCACCUUGCCCAGGAUCCUGGCCACCCAGCGUACCGGUUAGUCUGUUAAAUUACCCCUGAAUCCAACUCACAACAACUCAGCUGCUAACCCACCUGCUCUAUGGAGCUCGAGUGUGGUUUUGCAGUGUAGUUGCUCUCACUGGGGGUAUAUCUGCAUUGCAAUUGGAGGUGUGAUUGCAGCACAUGUAGACAUACCUGAGCUUGCUUUGAUCGAGCUAAAUCAAAGUUAGCUCAAGUCACAAUAGCAACGAAGCUAGCUGAGGUGUGUCUACAGUCACUCAGUCCGAUUGCAGUGUGGACGUACUGUAGGCUAGCUCUACUGGAAUAACUCAAUCCGACUGUUCAAGUGAAGUCAAGCCCAGAAAAACCAAAGCAGCACUGCUGGUUGCGCCUACUUUUGUAAUCCCAUUGGCAGCUAACAUUUUGGUACAUGGUCUUGGUUAUCUGUCUCUGUCAAUCUAGCACGGGCUGGUAUCUUAUAUAUGUGAUGCGUGUUUGAUGCUUUUUUCCAUGUGUUUUAUGCAUUUUGAUAAGGUAUUGAGACCAUUGUACAUGGCUGUAUUUUUUUUAAGAGCAAAUCUUGCCUAACCUUGCUUGUGUGACGAUGGUUGUUGCAGUCAGAAAGACGUGCCAAAAAUAAAGGAAACCAA